AUGUGCGGCAUACACGCUGUUGUAUCGCCACAUACACCAGCGCCUCUUGACCCGAAAAUUGAGCGUCUUCUCCAGCGAAGAGGCCCAGAUCACACAGGAAAUGUCACACAGCACCUUGCCGACCUGUCCUUGACAGCUUCGUUCAAGUCUACUGUUCUUUCGCUACGAGGUGAUCAUGUAGCUGAGCAACCCCUGGUGGAUCCCGAUACGGGAGCCGUGCUCUGUUGGAAUGGCGAGGCCUGGAGAAUUCAUGGCCAGGCCGUGUGUCAGAACGAUACUGAAGCGGUCCUGAGCCUCCUCGUAGCCGCAAGCCUCAAACGUCAAGACGGACACCAUGACCUGCCCCUUGACCCAGUUCUAGAAGCCCUGCAGGAUAUUGAAGGCCCCUUCUCAUUCAUCUAUUAUGACAAGCUGGCAAAACGACUCUAUUAUGGACGUGACCGUCUGGGUCGGCGAUCGCUCCUCCUGAGCAAUGGCAGCUCGUUCAUGCUCUCCAGUGUCGCGGAGGCCCUGUCGUCUGACUGGGUAGAGGUCGAAGCUGACGGGUGCUACGCCAUCCAGCUGGACCAGGCUGCCUCGCCCAAUACUUUCACUCCCAUCAGAUAUCCGUGGAAUCCCGACAACGCUAUGGUGUCAAGCAUUGGUCAUUUUAAUGCCUCCCUGCCCACAAAGCCAUGCGAGCUUUCUCAGGACUCUCGGCCCGUCUGCGAGCUUCGCCAACAGCUAACGGAGUCUUUGAACUUACGAGUUCUGGAUGUGCCCGUUCCACCGCACAGCUCUUCCUCUGAUGCGAGGGUUGCUGUGCUCUUCUCAGGCGGCCUGGACUGCACCGUUUUGGCUCGCCUCGCAAGCGACGCUAUGCCAACCGAGCAGCCCAUUGAUCUUCUCAAUGUGGCGUUCGAGAACCCGAGGGUUGCCUCGAAUCUCAAAUUACAGUCGGUAGAGGACCUGUAUGAGCUUUGCCCCGACCGGAUUACCGGUAGGAAGGCGUUUUCCGAGCUUGUAGAGUGCUGCCCAACGCGCACAUGGCGCUUUGUAACGAUAAAUGUCCCCUACAAGGAGUAUUGUGCACAUAGAAGUGAGGUCAUCAGUCUCAUGUUUCCUCACAAUACCGAGAUGGACCUCUCCAUUGCAAGCGCCUUGUACUUCGCGAGCCGGGGUCAAGGAUCUGCUACUGUUCCCGGGCAGGCUGAUCCCCAGCCGUACACAACCACCGCACGGGUUCUCCUCUCGGGACUGGGAGCAGAUGAGUUGUUUGGCGGCUACCAGCGCCACAGUAUAGCGUACACCCAAAGGGGGUACCAAGGCCUGGUGGAGGAGCUGAAGCUUGACGUCAGCCGUCUCGGGAAGCGGAACCUGGGGCGAGAUGACCGUGUUCUCAGCCAUUGGGGUCGGGAAGCGAGGUUCCCUUACCUUGACGAGAGGCUCGUCAGGUGGGCAAUUGAGCUGCCUGCCUGGGAGAAGUGCAACUUCGAUGUCUCGGGAUCGGACUCGUCUCUUGAUCCCGAGAAGAGGGUGCUGCGGCUUCUGGCCAGAAGUUUGGGCCUGAGAUCCGUGGCUGGGGAGAAGAAGAGAGCGAUCCAGUUCGGGGCCAGGACAGCCAAGAUGGAAAACGGAAGGGUCAAGGGAACCACAUCUAUUACAAUCUAG